UACAGUAUAGAGUUACUGUGCUGAACGAAAGUAUUGUAUUGUGAUAUUUACUGUCUAAUAGUACUUUAACUACAUGUAUCAUAAUGUGUUGUUGCUUUAUUUAGCCUAUUCGUCUUUUUGAAGGAUGCCUUAUUCAAGAAACACGUAAUCCAUGCUGAAUUGAUAACUCGUUAUACUGUUACUUAAAAUCACCAUGAAUAUAUGCACAACUGGAAACCAGCUCCUGAGAAAUUUUAGGUUCUGCCUAAAUAACUCACAUUUACAAAGUUCUUCUUUCCGAGGACUGAAGAAGGCACCAAUAAAUCCCUCCACAUAUAAGAUUGUGCAACAGAACCUGGACUCAACAACAAGUUAUCUAUUUAAUCGUUGCACAGCAGGGCUGGGAGCUACAGCAAGGUUCUACUCACUGGAUAAAGAGCAGGCACAGGAUUCAAAAUCUGUAUCAGGAGAGCAGACCUCAUCAAAUACUGAUAACCCCAUUUUGAGUGAGACGCAGUCCACACCUCAGUUAUCAUAUGGGCAACCACAGAAAGGAGCUGGAAGAUACCUUGAUCCACUUGCAGAGGAUGCUGAAUCUUAUUCACAGGGGGAGAGACAGCGGGAACAGUUUUAUGACCACCUUAAAAAUUGCAACUCCCCCUGUGAUGUUUUGGACUUGGCUGGGAAUUACACCCUUACUUGGAGGCGGGUGAGUAACUGCUUCACCAAAAUUUGGGAGACCACCAAGAAGAUGUCAGAUGACCAGAAGCACUAUGAAAGAAAGCUGAUGUUUGAGCACCCGGUCUUUGAGCAGCUGUGCCAGCAGGCUAUGAAGGACGCUCAGAAGAUGAGAAAUGAUGAUCUGGCCUACAGCUUAAUGGCCCUGGUGAAGCUGGGGGUUUCUCAGCGCAGCCGUGUCGUGCAGACGUUAAUGAGAGUCAUUCAGGAACACUUAAAUGAUUUUGAUGAGAAGUCACUGUCUGUACUAGCUAACUGCCUCAAUGACAUGGACAGUGAUAAAAAUGCUGAUGCACUAAAAGCUGGUCUAAGGCUGCUGGUUGAAACUCGGAUCCCAAAGAUAAAAAAUGUUGUUGCUCUGCAGACCAUGAUGAGGUGCAUUGGGAAGGAUGCUCCUGUAUCUCUUAAGAGGAAGCUUGAGCAUAAAGCAUUGUCAAUGCUGAGUCAGUUUUCCCUACCCAAUUCCCAGUAUAUGUUUACAACACUGGCAGCUAUGGACUUUAAUUCGAGCACUCUCCUGGAUGCCUGUAGUAGCAAGAUUAUUGAAAAUAUCCACGGAAUCCCUUUCUGGAGGUUAAUAUAUGUCCUCCAGUCCUCCAGGGACUUGCAGUACCGGAACGCUGCACUGUUCUCUGCCAUCGCUGAAUACGUGCUGUCGACACUCGAUAUGUGGAGCAACAAACAGAUAGUCCUCUUUCUGGGUCUGUUUGGUGAUCUGGGUCUUCGUCAUGCUGGUUUGAUGGACGCGUUUGCGGAGAAGGUGACAGAGACCUCCGAAUCACUGACGCUGAGAGAUGUUAUUAAUAUUUUGUAAUCUUACUCCCUGCUUAACCAUCUCCCAAAGGAUCAGAAGCAACAGUUCCUUGAAUCUUUGAGCAGUGUUUUUGAGACAUAUCUUCCUAAGAUCCUCCCUACAGAACUCCUAAGAGGAGUCUACUCCUUCUGUGUUUUGGGAUGCUUCCCACAAGCCUCUCUAGACAAACUCCUUCAGGAAGAGAUACUCAAUGAGCUUCUUUUACCAGAUCAGAAGACCCACGGAGCCAAUGAACGAAUACUGCACUACAUUAAUCUCUGCCUAGAGCUGGACCACUCUGCGUCCACCACAGCUGCUACAGUCACUUCUGCCAAACCCUCCUUCUCUCCAAGUAUGACUGUAAACCCCAUAGUACUUAGUGCUUUGAAGCGAAGUCUGGGAGAUGAGGUUUGCCAGCAGGGGGUGCUGUUGCAAAGUGAUUACUUUAUAGAUUUCCAAAUCACAUUGGACAAAGACAGAAAAAUUGUCUUGCAGUCCCAGAGUGAGGAAAAUAUCCAAACUGAAGAUUUCCAAAGAGUGGCUGUUCUUUGUGCCCCAGUUUCUGCAUUCUGUCUUGGUACCACCCACCCCAAAGGCAAGCUAGCUAUGAAGAUACGGCACCUUACAGCUAUUGGCUAUUCCGUUGUGUUGGUCCCAGCGCAGGAGUUUGAGAAGCUGCAAGAUGAUGAGCAAGUCCAGUUUCUUAAAAACAGAAUCUUUGCAGAACCAGAACCUGCAAUGGCUGCUAUCAAUCAGGGAAUUUGAACAAGAAACUGACUGUCUGAUGUUGUUGGGAAAAGCCUGUAUUGGUGCAGAUCAAACAGAAAUAUGCGGAUCGAUAGGCAGGUUUCACAAAUACUGGUCAGCUGUCUGCUUGAGGCUUAAAGGUUACGGUAACUAGGAGUCCAGUGGAAUAUCAAACAAGUCUGUUUUGACCUGGUUCACAUACUACUUACAGGACUGCUUGACAGCAGUUUGGUUUUCCAAAAUUUGCUGACAUCCUGUUCGGUGUUCUGCUUUGAGUAAUUUUCCCCUAUUCACUGUAUAAUCAAAAAUGAAAACAGACUUGCAAAUCUCCCGGUUGUUUUAAAAUUAUUGAACAUGUAAAUCUAAACUAGUAAAUCUCGACUAUUAUAACCGACAUACCAAUCCAGUGUUUUGGUAUCUGCUGAAAAUGUGUUAUACUGUUUUUAUACUGUAAAAAAAAAAAAAAAAAAAAAAAAAAAAGCUGCUAUUACAAACUAGUUAAAAACAAAAGAAAAAUAUACAGUCUUCAUUUUAGUUUUAUCAGUUGUCUUCUAGCAUAUACAUUACAGUCAUUAACCAGACUGUCAGUUAACUGGGCCACUACAUGUCAUUUUUUGUGUUGGAUAUUAAUUUGGGUUAUGCAGGCUCCAAAUGUUCCUAACUGUCAGCACUGUGCUUUUAGAGAAAGCAUCGUAAUGCAGCCAUUCAGGGUGUGGGUAUAUAACUAGAAAAUCAGCUAACAAGACUGCUUACACCCUCAUCAGUCUGCCGGCUUGAUGUAUUGUAAGCUGAAACAUUACCAUAUUUAGGCUUUUCAAAAUGUGCAGCUGUAGUACUUAAGUAGCUAGUCUUGAGGUUCACACUGAUGAUAGUAACUUACUGAAACUUAACUUUAUGAGAAAGAUUGCCAUAUUGGCAACAUCUACUCUGUCAUUUAGCUCAUUCUGCUUUAAAAACUGUAUUUUGAAGCUAAACAAGAUGUCCAUAACAUUCAGAGAAACAUGGAUUUGAAUUGUUUUAUAAGAAACAUUCAAUGUAUUAACUAAAUCUAUAAAGAACGCACCUGGCUCAUUUUCACUUGUCUCUUACCAACACAGCUUAAAAGCAUGUUGGUAGUGGUUAUUAUUUAGUUUGGGUGCCAGGUAGGUAUAAUAAAACCCACCAAUAAUGGAAAUAAAUUAGAUAACCACCACCAGGACCUAACUGUUAAUCAGAAAUCCAAUUGCCAUGCUGCCAUUUUUCCGCGCCCCAGUUCCUGUGUUUUUAUGCAUAGUUGAGUCGCUUGGCCAUGUUUC